AUGUAUUACAUUCUCUUACCUGGCGGUAUCCUUAGAUUGCUGGCUGAAUAUAAAGUCGCGUCAGAUAGAAUAAGAAGCUCGUUACGAAUCGAACAACGUGCGAAAGCAGAAGCACAAAUGUGGAGAUCUAAGCUGGAAAGAAUAGCACUUGAGCACCGGGAACGUUUGUUUAGACAAGCAGGGUCGCUACGUUAUAGGCUCCGGAAUGCAGAAGAUCUGUUAUGCUAUCACGAACUAAGGGAACGAAGAAUGCAAGCAACUAACGAGAAAAUGAAGGGUUUAAUAGAUAGCGUGAAAGAGGAAGCGCGUUCCCUGCGCGUUGAGAGUGAAAAACGUCGGCAAGCAACUCAACGAAACUUUGACGAAAAACUGUCAACCAUUGCUUGCGAACUUGACCGGAUAAGGAGCAAAAUGGAUAAUACGAGGCUGUCUUGUCUUGCCAAAACUGUCACUUCUGAUCCUGAGAUAACAUCAGACUCGACAGCUCAAAUAACCGCCAGCCGAGCGAGCGAAUCUCUUAGUUGCCUUGUGGCGAAAAAACGAACCGUCGUACCAACUACUAAUAGUGGGUUUUCGACUACGGUACCACCAGUUAUCAAGCACCAUAAUAUCUUAUCGUCUUUGCCGACAAAAUUUCGAAGGCACACUGUAAAUUCUGGCUAUGAACUUAAAGAACUUGCGCAAUAUUCGCGACACUACAACGCGAAAUUUGCUGCUUGUAGUCCAGUACAGCACGACCGGAAAACGAACAGCAGCAGUUCUACCAGUAUACAUGCUUCGCAACAAAAUGUAACUGGAUAUUGCAACCAAUCGACUGGCAAUGCAUGUUACUGCUGCAGCUCAAACAGCUCAAACAAAACUCCAAAACGAAGACUCAGUGGCGAAAAAUCUGUACAGAUCAACGAAAAAACGAUCAACACAACAGACGCAGUGAAAUCGCUCAAUCAAAUACAAACUCGACCGUUUACAAUGAAAACGAAUUUUGCCCGUUUGACCCAAUCGGUCACAGGAGCAAAAUGCGCCUCCUGCCAACCUAAUUGUUGCUGCUCACAGGAGGAAACUUCUCAUCAAGUGCCAGGAGCGAGCGAUUCACUCAGCAGUACACCACUUCGUAAUUACCUAAUACGACGUUCGGCGUGCGAGUCCACGUUUGACACGUCCUUGCAUUCCGGUCGACUAUGUGUUGGUACUAUUAACCAAAGCAUGGGAUCUCCCACUCACUCCAAUGCACACACGCGCACCCCACACGCUGAGUGUAUGUGCAGCACGUUUGAAAGCCCGAUAUCCUCAAACUGCGUUAAAAUGGUUGAUAACAACCAGGAUGUCACAGCCCGAUAUCAAGUGAUCACUUCCUAUUCUAGAAACUCAAGCGCAUACCCGAGCUCGUGCUAA